AUGGCUGAUUUCGAAGCUGAUCUCUUUGAUCUCGCUGGCGGCGGCUCCGAUUCGGAGGGAUCCGUCGACCGCAGACGCUCCCCGUCGCCGCCAGCAAAGAGAGGCUCCAAAGCGACAAAGUCGAGGCGCGCAGAUGAUGGCGACUCAGAGGAGGAAGGCGAAGCCUACUCAGGGGCAGGUUCUCCCGACUCUCUAAACUCAGCCCCCAUGGACGAAUCAGACUCGGACGACGAGACUUCAAAAGGCCGCGGCGGCGGCAAUGAUGAGGAAAAGUACCCCGUCGACGGCAAGUUUCGAAGCGAGUCGGAAAAGCACGAGAUUCUGGCGAUGCCUGAACUGGAACGAGAACAGAUCCUCGCGGACCGCGCCAACGAGAUAGAGAGACUGCGGCAGAACCGCCUGUUGCGCCAGAUGGUUACGGAUACACAAAACGAUGAGCGCAAGGCCAAGAAGAAGCGCAGCGCCGACAGCGCCGAUCUCGACGACGGCGACGAUGACCGCCGCGGCAAGUCGUCGCGGAGCAGUGGUGGCACGGCCAUGGAUGCGCUGCGCCGCGCCAGAGCCGACAGGCAGAAGCGCAGGGAGGACCACGAGCGACGCCGCGACGCGUACUCUCCCCAACGGGACUCGGAUGGCGAGGAGAGCGAGGACGACUAUAGACGCCGUUCGCGCACCCCUGAAAAGAAGGAAGAGAAAAAGGACGAGCCCAAGCCGGAGUUGAGGGACUUUGAGAGGGUGCGUCUGGGACGCAACGAGUUUGCGCAGGUGUGCUUCACGCCAGGUUUUGAACCCUCGAUUACGGGCUGUUUCAUUCGUAUCGCCGUUGGUCCUCACCCGGACACAGGUGUCGAGCAGUACAGAAUGGCUAUUAUAAAGGGUUUUACCACCGGCAGAGCUUAUGCCCUGAGUGGUCCUAAUGGGACUUUUGUAACGGAUCAGUAUGUCAAGGCGGCGCAUGGAAAGGCGGUUAAGGAAUUCCCUUUCAUCGCCGCCUCAAGUGGCAAAUUCACAGAGAACGAGCUGAACCGCUACCAAGUAACAUGCGUCAAUGAAAACGUCAAGACGCCUCUCAAGUCUGUCUUGACUAGCAAGGUUGACCAAAUUAACAACCUGCUCACCCACAAUUGGACCAACGAGGAGAUCAAGGCGCGCCUUGCCCGGCGAAACGAGCUGCGCAAGCGCUUCGACCCGGCCGAGCGUGAGCGCGUCGCGCGCCUACUCGAGGAGGCCACCGUCGCUGGCCACGAAGACCGCAUGCAGGAAUUCCAGGAGGAGCUCGACAAGCUAGGCAGCCAGCGCCUCGCCUUCAAGACAAGCCUGGGCCCGACCAAGUCGUCGUCGUACGAGAGUCCCGCCAUUUCCAGCGAGCAGGACCGCCUGGCUGCGCGCAACAAGGAGAACCGUCGCAUGAACCAGGAGGCUGUUCGCAAGGCCCAGCUGCGCGACCAGGCCAAGGCUCGCGAGAUUGAAAUGUCGCUCAGCCGCGGACAGAUGGUCGAGGAAGAGCCCUCGCGGCGUCUCCGUACCAAGGCCAAGUUUGUGCACGAUGUGAACGAGUCACCCGCCGGUGCGGAUGGUGACAAGGCGGCAAGCGGCAUACUUACGCCAGCAGCCACAGCAUCCAAUGGGGCGCCGACGGCGACAAAGGGGUCGGGGCCGCUGCCGCAUCUGGCCAAGUUGCAGGACAAGAGCCUGGCGGACAGCAAGGGCCUGCCGACGAUUCAUAAACCGCUGAUGGAUGACGACGUGAUUGGGUCGCUGGAUCUGGAUAUUGACAUUGAUAUUUAA